CAGAGGGGACAGCAAAUGGAGGGGAGGAGGCAACUCUACCAGGGCCCCACAUCCAGCAGCCCAAGGACAGAAACUGCAUCCAAUAAGCAGAACUGAGGGACUGGAUUUGUAAGUAGAUCAGAACUGGAGCCCAUUACUUCUACCUGGAAGCCAAUGGGGUCUCAGAGGCUGGCCUCCAUCCAGAACACCUGAAAGCAGCUUCUUCACCUGCAAGACUGAGAAGUUGCUAUCCAGCCCCUCUUCUUCCACAGCAGAGCCCAGCAUGUGGGGCUACCUGUCCCUUCUGCCAGUCAUCCUGGCACUAUGGGCUAUCAUCGGUGUUUGGCUCGUUUUUACAAUUGCUGUGAUCAAUAGCACUGUGGACCUCACCAAAGACUUCCCCUUCAUCAGUUUAUGUGGAUCUUUCCCCCCUCAGAGCUGCAUUUUCAGCCAGGUCCUCAACGUGGGAGCUGCCAUGGUUGUCUGCGUCUGCAUUGUGCGUUAUCACCAACUCCGAGACUGGGGAGUCAGAACGUGGCCUAACCAGCUGAUCCUGUGGUCUGGACUCCUGUGUGCCUUAGGGACUUCCAUAGUAGGCAACUUUCAGGUAAAGAACCAGAAGCACACACACCUGGUGGGGGCCUUCCUCGCCUUCAUUUUGGGCAACCUCUACUUCUGGCUGCAGCUCUUUCUCUCCUGGCGGAUAAGGGGCUUGCCUCAGCCUGGGGCCCCCUGGAUUGGGCCAUUGCGCCUGAGUAUGUGCAGCCUCUGCACCGUGCUCAUUAUGGCCAUGAUUGUCCUCCACUCCUGGCUGCUGCGUUCUGCCUCUGCUGCCUGUGAGUGGGCCGUGGCCAUGCUGCUCUUCAUGCUGUUUGGUCUCUUUGCUGUGGACUUCUCUGUUCUGGAUGGCUGCAACUUGUGUCUUCAGCCACGCCAGAGCCUCAGCCCCCCACCAGCCUCCCCUGUGUCCCUGCAGGUCCAGCUAUAGAGGUGCUCUGACUGGGCCUUGUCCUCACUGGUGAAAGAACAAAGUGGGGGCCGAUUCCUAGUUUUCCACAUGGGCCCUGUCCUCACUGGUGAAAGAACAAAGUGGGGGCCGAUUCCUAGUUUUCCACAAGAUGAACCAUGGGGGCGGGGAGGGGUCUCUCCAACUGGCUGGAAUCAGGGUUACUGACCACUUCUGUCCUGGAGCU